CUCGGGAUCGUUUCUUUUUUUAACCGGUUCCGUGUAAUGUCGUUCAAAAUGUAUUCAGUUUGUCAUUGACCGUGCUUUGCAGUGAACUCCGGACAGACACCUUGGAAAUAUAUAUAAUAUUUGCUUUUGGUCGUUUUAAAAGCUACUUCGUUCACAAGAGUUUAAGUUAUUGACGUAUUUCAAAUUUCGCAGAGUGUCCCACCCACUACAGAGAGAUUCAGAACAACCGAGUCGUUCGUCCGUCACUCUCUCUGUAACUGUUGCAGCUGCCCGGAAAGCUAGUUUUAGACAGCUGACUAACCAGGGGAAAUAUUACCAAAUCGUUGAGAAGCUAAUGCAUUUAGCUACAGUGUUUAUACAGUUAGCGGGAUCCUAUCCGGGAUAAGCAGUGAGUGGAGGAAAAUUUACGGGACCUGGCAGAUUAGAGAUGGAAGGAGAUGACUGCAGUUUUCCUCCAGAUUCAGAUGAUCACUCGCAAAGAGGAAGUGUUGCUUCUUCUGCAACACUUUCCCGUGCUCAAGAUGUACUUAUAUACCUGUUUGGUGACAGCGCAGUCCACUUAUCAGUAGAAGGGCUCGGUGGUGUCACUGUGCAGGAGCUGGGCCGCAGUGUUCGUGAAACUCUCCAUAUUCCUGAGUCUGCACAGGAUGUUUUUGCCUUCUGGUUGUGUUCUCCCCUGCUCGAAUUGCAGUUAAAGGGGAGGCAUCACCCAUACAAACUGUGUCGACAGUGGCAGGACCUGCUGUAUCGCUUCACUGAGGCCUCAGAGGAAGACAUUUCACAAGAUGAGCCAUGUCUCCAGUACAGACGGAAUGUGUUUUAUGCUAAAUCUAAGGAGCUGCAGAUCGAUGAUGAGGUAGUGCUGAAACUUCUGUAUGAGGAGGCAAAGAGCAACAUCCUCACAGGUCGAUACCCCUGCGAUCCCGAGCACUGGAUGACUCUUGGAGCCUUGUCUCUUGCUCUUCGUGAAGGAACUGAUCUGGACAGUCAACAAUUUGCCUCUACCAUAAGAGAGAAGAAGCUGUCCUCUUUUCUGCCUGCACAUGUUGUCAUGGGGAGUGGAGGUUUACUCUCCACUCUGAGAGGGAAGUCGAGCCGUCAGGCAGGGCUGGAGCAGAACCUGUUCGAGGAGUACAGAAAGAUCAGCACAUCUGCUGGAAGCCCUCCUGGGCCCACACAGCUCCUACACCAGUACCUCAACACAUGUCACACUCUGCCUUAUUAUGGGUGUGCUUUCUUUUUUGGGGAGAUUGACAAACCAGUGCAAGGGAUUCUCCAAAGGGGAAAACGCAAGGCUGUCAACAUUGGAAUCUGCCUGGAGGGAGUUUAUGUGAUGGAUGUCAAAGAGAAGCACGUACUGCUUGGCCUGCGUUUCAGUGAGCUCUCCUGGGACCACAGCUACCCCGAGGAGGUGGGGGACUCGCACAUUCUGUGGCUGGAGUUUGAUGGAGAGGAAGACGGCACUCCUGUCAACAAGUUGCUAAAGAUCUACUCAAAACAAGCAGAGCUAAUGAGCGGCUUCAUUGAGUUCUGUGUGGAGCUGAAGUCUGCGUGUGAGGGAGGAGCUGCGGCUGAAACAGACGGUGAGGCGAGUCUGUCUCAGCCGCCCGCCGGACAAGAUGGCAGCAACAAAAACGGACGUGGCGGACGGCGCGGGAAUCUGCAAAGGCAAAGCAGCGUCAUGUGCAGUCGGGUCCAUUCACUUAACACUAUCAGCUACGUGGACAAUGGAAAAGAAAUCAAGCGCUUGAAGCCGAAAAGAGCCGCGUCCUUCUUCACCCGACAGGCGUCUGCACCCACGUAUUCAGCUGUGCAAGUGACAGAGAGCCUGGAGCAGGGUUAAACUCACUGAUCAGCUCUACCCCGUUCUUCUCAAAGACCAAACCUGAACAUUUUACACAGACAUUUAAAGAAAAGACUUGACACAAGCUUAACUCAUAAUACAUGAACAUGCAAAGGACCAAGCGAAGUGCGUGUGACAGUGUUUAUGUUUUGAAGUUGUGCAUAUUAAGAGAGUACAGCAAUGUGAAAAACAAUAGGAUAUAUUAACAGCAAGGCUUCCAAGGUUAAAGUGAAGUGGCUAUUCAUUAGGUGGCCUGACAUUAAGAAAGUAUUCUCUGAACACCAUAUGAUGGACAAGCCUCAGAGAAAUCCUCAGACGAUGACUGUAUGAUAUCUCGUGACCUUUCUGCAGUGCUCUGGAGACGUUUUUACUACUAUUAUUCAAAAAUGUUAAACCUCAAAUGAGUAUAACCACUGCAUUACCUCUUUUUACUUUAACUUAACUUGGAAAUUGAAAACAAAGAACAUCGCAAUAUAUCCCCUGGUAUCAUUGAACAUCCUCCUCAGAACUGUGAGAGUUAUCACAGACUCUUUACAAGUCAGCAUGAUAAACACUUUCAGGGGACGAUCGAAGGGUGUGUUGCCACUAUUCUGCUUUUUUAAACUGCCAGUGCCUUGUUCUCAUGAAAGGGUGAAGCCACUUUAAAAAAGUACUGGUAGAAACAUUUGGUGCUUGGUGUUACUGAUCAUAAAAAGUCUGUAUGGGAGCACGUUGGCUGUGCUGUGGAAGUUUCCUGUAAGUACAUCUAAUUAAUUAAUAUGUUCUGGUAUUUGCAGCUGGUUAACGUGAAAAGAAAAUGCGGGUGGCACAUCCCACAUUUUAAAAUGAUUUUUUAUUUGUAAAAGCGGAAUAGUCUGAAUUUGGCCUAAACAUUUAAAGGAACAGGAUAACAGACAUUUUACAGCAUUCCUACCUAAACAAUAUAUUAAGUUAGUCAAAGGAUCGAAUAAAACUUUCGUCAUAAGCAAUUAAUGUACUGUACCAUGCUGCUAUUCCUGCCACUAAAUAGUUUGCAGUUGUUGUUCCAUUAGCAGAUCAAAUUCGAACCACCAAAUCAGCACAAUCGGUACAAGUGACAUCCAUGCACAGGUCUGGAUUUGACCUGAUCGGCAAAGUGAAAUUGAUGCAAUAUUGUGCAACUUCUGACAUGAGAGAGGCUAACAUAAAAGAAGCCUUCCUGUUUUAACUGUUACCAGCACUACAAACUAAUUCAAACUUCAAACCGCAACUUAAAAUGUCUGGUUAGCCAUUUAAAUAUUUUGUUUUCCUUGCAAACACAAUCAUGGUUGGUUUUAUUUGAAAGAAAACAGGGAACACUGUCUUUGUAAAAUGUUGUUGACGCCUUGUUUUCAGCUUUGUGACAGUGCAUUUACAGUACAAAUACUCCAGUGGGCUUAAUUCAGGAGUAGACCAUGCAACGACUAAUGGUAGAAAGUAGGACAAUUUUUAAACCCAUAAACAAACAUUUAAUGCUUCAGUUUAUCUGAUAAAUUAAAAAUCACUUAAUUCUGAGAUGCGUGGUUUUCACUGGACAGUGACAGUCUUCACUGUACUCCUAGCGCAGACAAACUGACUCAGAACUUUCGACUAUGCUGUUGGAAUCUCUGUCUGUUCACCAAAGUAAGCCUAUCUAACAUGCUGCAACACAGUAUUCUACCUUAACACUCCAGAGACUCCAGUCUCCACCUGGCAGUGUUCCUCCAGGUGUCUCUGUGAACUUCACCCCAAUCCUGAUACAGGCAGUUUCUGUCUUUGUUGUACAUUUAACAGACUCGUUCACCUCACUAACAGCCAUCAAAGAAGUUAUACAUCUGUAUAAUGCUGCCAUAUGUCCUCAUUUGAGGUGUGGUGGCAUCACGUAUUCUUCCUGAUUCUCUGAGCAUGCAAACUGCAGAAUGUUCUUACAUUUCAGCGCUUCUGACUUGUACGUCAGCUACUGUCUGUACCUUAACUGCAGCAGUCCAAUGUAUUGUUGCUAAUGUACACUAUGCAUGUCACAUUGUAGAAUAGGCAUUCCGACAGAUUACACAUCAUGUGAUACUGCACUAUUAAUACUAACACACUGUUUGUAAAUCUUUUACAUUUGCGGAUUGUUUUGUAUUGUUUAUUAGCUUUUAUGAGAGAAUAUUUUUACUUUCCCUUUCAUAUACUUGUCAGUGUUUGUACACUAGAAUGAAGAAAUAGGUCAUUUUAAGCAUUAUCUUCUCAACUUUGCAGAAAUAUAAAGUGCCUUUUUGUUUGUUGGUGUCCGAAUGACUUUUGGUACUUGGAAACCAGGAGUUUUGGUAUUGGUAUGGUUUUAAAAAAUCAGUUUGUGUUUUGUAUUGUAUUUCCCACAUUUUCAACCAGACAAUGCAUUUCACCUUUCCUAGCUGAUGUGAGUAUGUUGAAUAACUACACUGGGCUGCUGUUGAACAGUGUGUGGUGGUUCCUCUCAGUGCAGUGGUCAGUAAGUUCUGCCUUUCUUAAAAUAUGUCCAAAAUCUUUGGUUUUUUUGUUUUUUAAAUAAAUAAAUGCAAAGUUUCCCUGUUUCCCUGUGGAAAAGCUGUGUUUACUAUGUUACUACCAACACCCUAAGUGUACUGAAGCCAUGUUUAUUUAAACUAACGUUAUCUUGACUUUUUUUCAGCCUCAAUAUUUUUACCAUGUUCUGCUCAGUAAAUUUCUUUUACAAUUAAAGCAAAUAUUUAAUUGCUAGAUCACCUGUAUCAUUUCAUCUCAAUGCAUUUAAUAAGUGUUUGGGAAAAUAUAGUAGUAUUGCAAUUUAAUGUUGGUAGUAUAAUGUGCAGAUCACUAUAAUGCAUAUUUAGACAGCUGUUUUGUGAUCACGCCUGUGGAAAUGGUUUUACAUUUAAUAUAAUUGUGCUGUUCAGUAUAAUUCAAGUAAUUUUCAACUACCUGACUGAAAUCACAGAACUAUACUCCAUUGUUAGAUUAUUGUCCAUGAUUCAAUAUAUAGACUUUUGCCAGAUUUAGAGUCCUUGACCAUUAAAAUGAAAUUUGUUCUCUUUUAA